AUGGACGUAGCCGCGCUCUUAUCUGCUUCUCUUUCACCAGAGCAACAAACUCGAGCUACGGCUUCUGAGCAGCUUGAACAGGCUGCUAGCCAGGACUACCCUUCAUACAUAUUUACGCUCUCAAACGAGCUCGCAAACGAGCAACAACAACCUUUCGUUAGACAAGCAGCUGGUUUAGCUAUCAAGAACUCUCUCGUCGCUAGAGACUCUGGUCGUGCUUUUGAGCAAGCCCAGAGGUGGUUAGCUUUGGACCCCGGACACAGAACCCAAAUAAAGCAAAUUGUCUUAGCGGCUCUCUCCACUAAGGCUAUCGGUGCUGCCGCCGCUCAAGUCGUUUCUGCUGUCGCUGCAAUUGAACUUCCACAUGAUCAAUGGCCAGAGCUUGUACCAACGCUUCUCAGCAAUGUAACUGACGCAUCAGACGAAGCUAAGCGUAUGACAACCCUAGUCGCCAUUGGCUUCGUUUGCGAAUCUGUCCCUGCUGAAACAUUAGCAACUCGUUCAAAUGAGAUCCUUACAGCCGUCGUUCAAGGUGCACGUAAGGAGGAACCUUCAACUGAUGUACAAAAUGCUGCUAUCAACGCUUUAAACAACUCACUAGAUUUCGUGAAGGAAAACUUUGAACGUGAAGGGGAAAGAAAUUAUAUUAUGCAAGUCAUCUGUGAAGCUACACAAUCAUCUUCAACUGAUGUUAAAAUUGGUGCUUUUAAAUGUUUAGUUAGAAUCAUGAACCUCUACUACUCAAAGAUGGGUUUCUACAUGGAAAGAGCUCUCUUUGGUUUAACUGUUUUGGGUAUGCAAAACCCUGAAGAAGGUGUAGCUCUUCAAGCUAUUGAAUUUUGGUCAACAGUUUGUGACGAAGAAAUCGAGCUAGCUUUGGAAGCUCAAGAAGCUGCUGAGUUUGGUGAACCAGUAGAAAGAGAAUCAAAAAACUUUGCAAAAGUUGCUUUACCAGAAAUUUUACCUGUUUUACUCAAAUUACUCACCCAACAAGAUGAAGAUGCUACUGAUGACGAAUGGAAUGUAUCCAUGUCAGCUGGUACUUGCUUAAGUUUAUUGGCACAAACUGUUACUGAUGAUAUUGUUCAACCAAUCGUACCAUUCGUUGAAUCUAACAUCCGUUCAACCGAUUGGCAAGCUAGGGAAGCGGCAGUUAUGGCGUUUGGUUCUAUUUUAGAUGGUCCAGAUUCAAGAGUUCUUGCUCCAUUAGUAUCACAAGCCCUUCCAACUUUAAUUGAAAUGAUUAGAGAUCCUUCAAUUCACGUAAAAGAUACAACAGCAUGGACUCUCGGUAGGAUUUCUGACGUUCUCAUCGAUUGUAUUAAAUUGGAUGUCCACCUCCACGAUUUAGUGUUAGCUUUAGUAGCAGGAUUACAAGAUAAUCCAAGAAUCAUUGGUAACUGUUGUUGGUCAUUAAUGAACCUUGCAGAUCAAUUACAAGGUAUCGAAGAUGCCGAUGGAAAAACCCAAUCAUCGCCAUUAUCACCAUAUUAUGAAGGCAUCCUGUCUACUCUUAUGCAAGUUAGUGAUAGACCUACAAACGACAACAAUUCACGCACAUCGUCAUAUGAAGCAAUUUCAACAUUUAUCACUCAAUCACCUGAAGAUUCACUUCAAACAAUUAGUCAAGUUACAGUAGCCUUACUUGAACGUAUGGAACAAUUAUUAUCUAUGCAAAAUCAAUUACUCGGUACAGAUGAUAGAGCAAACUGGAAUGAAUUACAAUCUAACUUAUGUUCUGCUAUUACCUCAGUUAUUCGUAGACUUAACAAGGAGAUCAAACCAUUAGCAGAUAGAAUUAUGACUAUUUUACUUAGUUUGAUAUCAUCAUCAGGUAAACAUUCAACUGUACUUGAAGAUGCCUUCUUAGCUAUUGGUGCAAUCACUACUGCAUUAGAAGUUGACUUUUUACCUUACUUAGAAGCGUUUAUGCCAUUCUUAUAUCAAGCACUUAAAUCACAUGAAGAAUAUCAAUUAUGUUCAAUAAGUGUCGGUUUAAUUGGUGACAUUUGUCGUGCAUUAGGUGAGCAAUCAACGGCUUACUGCAAUAACUUUAUGAAUGUUUUAUUGGAAAACUUAGCUGCAUCACAAUUACAUAGAUCAGUUAAACCACCAAUUUUAUCUGCAUUUGGUGAUAUCGGCUUAGCCAUCGGUGGUCAAUUUGAACCAUAUUUACCUGUCACAAUGCAAGUUCUCCAACAAGCUGGUUCAAUGAUGCCAGAUCCAAACAAUUAUGAUUUAAUUGAUUACGUUGCAACAUUAAGAGAAAGUAUUUUAGAGGCAUACGUUGGUAUAGUCAGCGGAUUAAAGGUCGCAGACAAGAGCAAUCUUCUAUUACCUUACUUACCUUCAAUCUUCAACUUUAUACAGAUCUGUGCAAGUGACACUGAACACACUCAAGCCACUAUAGCAUCAGCUGUUGGUUUGUUAGGGGAUUUAGCUGAUGCCUACCCACGUGGAGAAGCUAAAGAUUUCUUCUUACAACCAUGGGUUGCAGAAAUUUUGAAGUUGAGUAGAACGAGAGGUGGUACUGAAUCUAUUAGAAGAACAGCGAAAUGGGCGAGAGAGAUGAUUAAGCGCGCAACCGCCUAA